AUGCCUAUCAAAACAAAAGAUUCUUUACUUGAUGAAGAUGAUAUAUAGCCCAAGCACUCAGAUUUCCUGAUCUUUUACGAUAGGAAAGUUGAAAAAUUAACUCUCUAAAUGGCAAAAACCAGCAGCAAAUGGAAAAAACUAAUAUUAGUGGGUUUUGCUAAUUCCCCUCUUUCCUGUAGGAAAAGAAAGGGAAGCCUUAGCAAAAAGAGUGCUCGGGCUAUAUUAGGCUAUAUUGCCAGCAAAUCAGCUUAUGCUGAGCUGAGGUAUCGGAUAUUGGUUUAUUUUGAAAAAAUUUUCCAAGAAAAAUAUAAUCAUAGACUGAAGUUAAAAAAUCAAUUAUUUCUUGAAAUAUCAAUAAAUGUGAUCAUCACAAUACAGAUGAUUACAUUCGCAUGGUAUCCCAACAUGAAUAUGAGUGGUUGGGAUAGCUACUCUCAGUUUUGAAAUCUUAUUGGCUAUAUAAGUCCUGACUCCCUUUUUGCUGACUUAGGGAUUUAUGAAGUUUCUUUUUAUACAGUUGUUAGUGCCAUUGGGUAUUGCUUGCUUUGCUUACCCCCCUGCUUCCCUCUCUCUGCUAGCGAGCAUGAUAAUUUGUUAGCUUAUUUAAUUUUUUUCCAAACUUAAACAAUCAGGAAAUUUGAAAGUUAAAAUAAUUUAAUUUGUAAAAUUCAUGUUUCAAUGCAAAUUGUUUAAAAUUUAACAUAAUUAGCUAGAUAUUUCAUUAUAAUAAUUAUCAUUUAUAUAUCCAUAAUUUUUAUAUAAAAAAUUUUUGUUCACUCACGGUGGAUGGGUUUUUAACCAAAAAGUUCAGAUUUUUCCAAUAGUUUUGCUCACUUGCGGAGGGAUAGGGGUGAGUUACUACUAAUUGCAGUAUUAGGGUGCCUAAACCAGAAAAUUCCUUGGAUACUAAUUGUGAUUCCGAGAAAGAUUCUAAUGAUUUUAAACACUGUCAUGUUUAUCCCAAGUGUAAGCAUUUUAUCAAUUAUUUUUAAGUAUUCGGCAUUUGACUAUACAGAUUGUAUAGAAUACUCUAGUAUUAGUGAUCCUAGUAAACUUAAUUUUGGUCCAGUAGGAGCACUAAUCGCAUUAAUUUUUUUGAUAUUUUUGCUAUUUAUCAUUUUAUUUUCAGAAAUCUUUACUUCUGAUAUUAGGCAUUCCUCAUAUCAGAAAAACAUAAGAGCGAGGUCUAAUUCAAAAAUAGAUAUUCAUAUAAUUCUGUUUUGCUAUAUAGAAUGCAUUCUUUAUGUAUUUUUUGGAGGAGAUCAUAUAAAGUAUUUCGAAACCAUUCUAAUGAUUUUUUCUACAGCAAUUUUAUGAGAAACCCUUCACUUUUUGCCAUAUUUUAAUCUUGCAGGAAAUUCGAUUCAAGCAUGCAAAAUGUUCAUUAUUUCAUGCACUUUGCUAUUCUUUUUAAUUGGAGAAACAAUGGAUAAUGGCUCUCUUAUUGUUUUAUUUGAGCUAUUUGUCCUCCCACCGCUUACCAUUCUUAUUAUCAAAAAGGUGAAAAACAAUUUUCUUGCAUUAUCUCAGCAUGAUAAAAUGCCAAACGAUCAAUAUAAAUUCGAACAAAUUGUGAGGCAUUUAUUAGUUAAUAAGCAAUUAGAAGAUAAAAUCUCAGUUAUCAAGCUCUUUACAAAUUGCUAUAAAAAAUCAUUUGAAAGAGACAAAAUGCUUAUUAUAUGAGAAACCAAUUAUUGUCUGCAUAUCCUAAAAGAUGAAAGACUCGCAAGAAUAAAGCUUGCAAAAGCAGCUGAUGCAAAGUCAAGCUUUGAAGGUGACAUUCAUGCUAUGAGACUUUCAAAUAGAAUACUUGAAUCCAAUUCUUCAUCCUUAUCUGAAGUCCACUAUUUAAGCUACCUGCAGGACCUUAGCAAAGUAAAGCAUAUGGAUGAAGAAGCCUGCAUUUUAUUAAUAGAUUUAUGAACUGAAAUCAACAUGAGAAUCCCCAGUACUCAAAAGUUAGUAAAGCUUGUCUAUAGAAUACAUGACUUGAUUACCAAUAUUAAAACACUCUAUUCAAUGCUUUCAUCUAAACAUAAACAGACAGAGGUGUAUGAUCUUUACUCUUCAUUUUUAGAAAAUAUUUUGCGUGACGUUGAGCAGAGUGAGAUGAUCAAUCGGAAAAAAACUGCAUUUAGAAACUCACUUGACCUUUUAGUUGAAGAAAAUAAAAAAUUGAAUAUGUUUGGAGAAAGAAAUGGAAUCAUUCUUAUUUCUGCAAAUUCUGAGUCUUUUGGGACAAUAGCUUACAUGAAUCAAAAUGCAGGAGAUAUUUUAAAAAUACCGUUUGAGGCUGGGAUUGGGGUGCCACUAUCAUAUUUCAUUCCAAAGCCUUUUGACCAUAAUCAUGAUCAGUUUAUGAAAGAAUUCUAUAAUAGCUGCAGAAAUAAAAUCGUGACGCUUAUGAAAUUGGUCUCUGAGGCGCACUCCUAUGGAGCAGGUAGAUCCCAUACUGAUGAAGCUGAAAACAAGACCUCUGUCCCUUUUGAAGUAGGCCUUAACGCUUAGGGAUGCCUUUUGAAGAAAGAAAUUCUAUUUUGCUAGGUGGGCUAGACAGGUUUUUCCUCUCAAAUAAUCUUUGUCUAUUAGGACUAUCGGGACACCUACAGAGGGUGGCUCUAAACCUUGGGAGCUGAUCCUUAGGUUAGGUGAGUUUUACCAGAAAAUUCAGAGGAUUAAAUUUUGGUUGGGCCUGACACCAUUUUCACUCUGAGUUGAUGCACCGGUGUAGGCAACCUAUCCAGCCAAGAUAGUCCGGAUAUUAGGAAGCUCGCUUAUGGCCGUGCAAAAUUUUAAUUUUAAUCUUAAUAGCUGCACAACAACUGAAGUCACCACUCACUUUAAUCUUUUCCUUCAAAGCCAACAAGGAUUUCUUGUGGAGUGCAAAUUUAUGAUUAGAUUGACUGCAGUUGAAAAUCGCGCCUAUAUACUAGCUUCUUUUCGAAGGCGAAAUUCAAAGAGAGAAAUCGCUUUGAUUUCUGAUAAAGGUGUAAUCUAUAACCAUUCUGAAAGAUUUCCGUUUUAUAUAGGGCAAAACAACUAUUUUCUAAGAAAUAAACAUUUAUCAGAUAUAAUCCCAAAUUUUGAUAUUUCCACUAUGGAUGUAUGCUCACCAUUAAUAGUCUCUUCUGAAGACAUUCAAAUAUUGCUUGUCCACCUGGUACGUAAAUUCAGAUCAACUGAAAUCCAUAUUUUAGCAGUAAUUUAUGAUGAAAAAGAAAUUAGCCUAUGAAAAGAAGGUCAUGAAACUGAACAAAUAGAAUUCUUUAGAAAUGCCUAUUUCAAAGAGAUGAAAGCAGAAGAGAGCAAAACAUAUGAAGGAGACGUUAGUGUAAGUGAAUUAAUGCAUUCCAAAGAUAGGGUUAAAUUCAUCAGCCUUAAUAGCUCAGCUAUAAAUCUAGGUGAUGAAACAAGCCAUACACAAAUUAUUUAUGAGACCACAAUGGAAGAAAGCAAAGCAGUAACAAAUUCAAAGUCGCAAUCGACUUUGAAUUAUAAUGGAAAUACAACUUCCAAUAAUAAUUCAAAAAGUAAUCGUAACGUAGGAUUUGCAUAUAAUAUUCUCAGCAAUUCUGAGAAAAAACACUCACUUCCCCAUCCUUGAUCGAACGAUUCACUGUAAAAAUUCCUAAAAAUUGGGAAAAUUAACCCCAAUCCUUGAUCGAACGAUUUUAAUAUCAUGCAAAUUUUUAUAUAUAUAAAAAUAUAUUCGUUCUCAAGCUUGGGAAGGUGUGCCUAAUGAAGUUGUUGUCAGAGACUUUGAGAAGACAGAAAGCUACGGAAUCAACCACCCGAAGUGCUUUAGUCAUCAACCUGAGCUUAAAAACUCAAUAAUCUAAAAAUAGAGAUUCUUUAAAAUUUUAAAUUCAAUAAGAAACAAAUUAAAAUUUAUACAGUUUCAAGGGGUAACCAAAAAAUCAAAAUAUUAGAAAUUGGUAUUCUUAUGAAAUUAAUUUCAAUUUUUUGCUCUUAACUCUCUUAUUUAAAUGUAUAUAAAAUAAAAAAUAUAUAUAUAUAUAUAUAUUUUUUUUAUAUAGUUUUUUUUUAUCCCUAUCCUUGAUCGAACGAUGGCGAGCCGUUCGAUCAAGGAUGAGGGAGUCAAGAUUUUUACUUGAAUUUUAUUUCUUUCAGUAAUUUUUAUGCAGAUUGCAGCAGUUAUAGGAAUAAAUAUUGGGAUUGUUAUCUGCAUGUAUAAUAAUAUUGCUCAAACAACUACUGCUAACUCUUUUAAUGAUUUAGGAACUCUGCUGUGUUCUCUUGGGAGCUUGGUAAAUAAAGCCAUUGAGCUUAAUAUUGAUUUAGCCAAAAAUAGCGAGUCAUUUGAAAGCGAUUUAUCAUCUUUUAAUAGCACAAUAAAUGUGCUCAUUGGUGUAGAAAAUUCAAUUUUAAACGAUAUAGACAACUUACACUAUUGCUCUUCUUCUGAGAUUAUUCUUGAUCCAAAGAUCCCUAUAUGAGAUAUUAAUGAUGAAGAUUUAAUUACAUACCAAAAUCUUUAUGAUGCUAUUCAGAGGUAUAUCAAUAAUGUAAUCAUAAUAUAGUGUAUAAAUUUUCUUGAAUCUCUGAAGAAGAGCGAAAUUGAAAUGGAUAGUCUCAGUUUUAUAUUAUUCAAUGGUCUGGGCUACUUAUAUGACUACAUAAAAAUAUCUACAGAAAGUUGAGUUCAGUGCGAAAGUGAUAGAAUUGAAUCAAUAGUUACAAAUAUUACUGUUCUUUUAAAUGCUGCCAUAGUAAUCUUGCUCCUCUUCUGUGAGCGAACAAAACCAUUGGAAAAUCCCUAUUUUUUGGCUAAAGCACUACCCUAAAUAAGCAAAAUAAAUCCUUUUAAAUGGUAAUUAGUAUAAUAAAUUAUCUAGCUAAUUUUGUUGAAUUUUAAACAGCUUGCUUAUUAAGAAAUAAUUUUUUAAAAUUUUUUAAAAGAAAAAACAUUUUACUAUAUAAAAUGUUUUUAAAAAAAAAACGUGUGAACAAAAUUUUUGUUAUCACGGAAAGGGGGAGUUAGUAGUUUUUCAAGGAUUUUUAAUCAGCUAUAUUGCAUAUAUUAAUAAAGGAAUGAAUAGUUAUUGGAAUUUUAUAAAGCUUAGUUCGCAGGCUUCAUAUCUAGAAUUAAAACGAGCAUUGUUAGAAAGACUGUCAACAGUUCACGGUCUUGAUUAUGAAAAAGACCAUUCAUCUACCAAAAAAGCCGACUCAAAGUCUGAAAUUCUACCACAUGUAUAUUGAAGAUAUACAAGAAAGCUUCUGGUUUUUUUUAUAAUUUCUACAUCAUACUAUUUUUUAAUAGAGUUUCAUUUAUAUAAAGACUGCAGCAAUUACGCAAAAAAUAGGCCUAAACUACUUCACAAUUUUAUAAUAACUCUCCAUUUUAAAUUCGAACAAAAAAAUCAUGUAAAAUAUAUUUUAUAAAAUUUUUGAUAAUUAAAAAAAUAUAGCAAUAACGAAUUUUUAUGAAGAAUUCAUUCAAAAAGUUAAUCGAUUUCUUAUCAUUAACUACUAAAUUUCUAAUCAAAAUUCUAACCAGUAUGCCUCUUAAUUAAUCGGGUUCACUCGAGGCGUCUCGAGACGGCUCAACUACUGCCGAACUUGCCUUACGAUUUCCAUUCUCCAGUUUCCAGAGUCCUCCUCUUCGGUUGUUGCCGGUGGUAAGCAGACGGCCUGUGCCAUUAGAGUGAAUAGGUUUGGGACUUGUCACUACUUGCUCCUUCUCGGCAUAAGCUGAUUCUGCGCUAGUCGCUUUGUCUUGGCCUCUGAAGGAUGCCGGUGGCCAGGAGAAAAAAGUCCUUCUAGAAGGGUGAAAACGCCUUUUAGAAGAGGCAAAACCCACCCACAGAGACAGGAGAAUUAAUCGAAAAGCUGUUAAUAAUAUUUUACUUGAGCUUUUUCCAUUAAAUUAGAUCAAAAAUAAUAAUAUAAAAAUUAAUAUUUUAGCCAAUAAAAAUUUUCUUAUUUUUCAGUUUGAUUAGGUUAAGAACUCAAAAAUGGAAUUUCACUGAUAUUUUGUUCCAAUUUAAAGGAGGGGUAAGGGAAUCCAGUAUCUUACGUAUAAAUAUUGCAAGCUAUAGUGAACUUGAAUCCCUCAUGCUGCAUUAUUUCCAUAAUAUUAAUAUAAAAAAUCAGAGUAGGCUAAUGGAAGAUGAAAUUAAAAUGUACAAAGAAAGCUUAAACGAUCUAAGAAAUGAUAAAUACCUGGACUUAAUUUCAGACCAGUUAAAAGAAAGGCUAUUUGAGAAAAUUGAUACUGAUGUUGAUUUAUUAAAAUAUGGACUUUCUUCAUCAUCUUUUACAACUAGUUAUCAAUCAUUAUAUUUUUUCAAUAGCUCAGAAGUAUCUAUAAUCAAACAAAAUAUAUGAGAAAUUGAAAAUGAAUUAAUUUAUGAAUUCAAUUUAGCAGAUGAAGAUUCAAAAAGUAUUAUCAAUUAUCAAUUAAACAUAAUUAUUUACGUUACUGAAGGAUAUUCUUCAUUGCUCAUAAUUUUAUACCUAUUUUAUUAUGUCCCCUUUCUGUAUAAAGAAAAAAAAUUGCUUAAGAAACUAAAGAUUUUACCAAUGAUUAUUCCAAGCUCAAAAAUAAAUUCUAACUCCCCCCCCUCCGUGAGUGAACAAAACCAUUAGAAAAAUCGCCAUUUUUUGCCCAAAAACCCACCCUCCGUGAGUGAACAAAAAUUUUUUUAAAAGAAAAAUUUUUUAUAGAAAAAAAAUUUGAUAUAUAAGUGAUAAUUAGCAUAAUGAAAUAUAGUGCUAAUUCUGUUUAAUUUUUAACAAAUUGCUUUUUAAAACUUAAAUUUUAUAAAUUAAAUUAAUAUUUGCUUUCCAAUUUUUGCGUAUUAGGAUUUUUUUAAAUUUCGAAAAAAAAUAUUUUUUUAUAAAAUUUAUGUAUAAAUUUUUUUUAAAUAAAAAAAAUUAACCCCCCUCCGUGAGUGAACAAAAUUUUUUUUGUUCACUCACGGAGGGGGGAGUAAGGAAGAAACAGAAUUUUAG